UAAUAGUUAGAAACGAAUGUAUGUAACUACUCUAUAUAACUACUUUGAACUUUAUCACAAUAUGCUAAUAUUUUGAGAAGGACCUGUAGAUGAAUGGUCCUAAUCCCGAAAUCCUAAAUGUUGAAGUAGGUUUAAAAACACAAGCCACAGCACAAAGAGUAAAACAUGAAAAUGAAAGAGCCUGAACAGAGGCUAAAGCACAAUAUAGUAAAUCACAAUUUCGGUUUUCGUAUUUUAUUGCCUAAAUAAUAUAACGUUACUUGACAUUUUAUUAAAUUGAAAGAGUAGCAUUAUACAAAAGCAAAGUAAUAAAAAACAAAGAACAGUUCAAGGUAAGGAGCAGUUCAAAAGAAUCGAUACGUUCGUGAACGUCACAUCACUAGUUUUCACUUUUCUUUCCUGUAGUCUGGGACUUUUCAGAGAUCCGUGCCACUGAAGCCUGUUGUGAAGCUGGUGAUCCGGUGAUGUUUGACGGGAAGUCUUGGAACAGAGCAUGGCUCCACCUAAUGCUGUUUUCAUUGGGCGGACUCAACUGUCACUGCCAAUCUCAAAGCAAAGGCUUUUCGAAGCAGCUGACACUCUUUUUGGUUGGAAAAACUGGCUCAGGAAAGAGUUCGUCAGGAAACACCAUCUUGGGGCGCUCGUACUUUAGAGAAGAAGCCUCAGCGGAGUCGGUGACAAAAAACUGUGAGCGCCAAGAGCAACUGGAAGGAGACAGGAACAUCGUUGUGAUUGACUCUCCAGGAUUAUAUGAUACGGAUAAAACACAAAACAAACUCAAAGAAAACAUUGAGCAGUGUGUUAAGCUGUCAGUUCCUGGACCCCAUGCUUUUCUGUUAGUGAUUAACUUAAAGUCAAGAUUUACAAAAGAGGAACAAGACACAGUGAAGUGGAUCCAGGAUAACUUUGGCUCUGCUGCUGCUGAUUACACCAUAGUCCUGUUCACUCAUGCGGAUUUGCUGAGAGGUAAAUCUGUUGAGGACUAUGUGGCAGGAAGCAAACAGCUACAGAGUCUGAUAGACCAGUGUGGAGGAAGGUACCACUCGUUAAUCAAUGACCAGGGCUCCAACAGAAAACAGGUCACAGAACUUCUGGAGAAAAUAGAUCAAAUGGUUAAAUUAAAUGGGGAACAUUAUUACACCAAUAGUAUGUACUAUAAAGCCCAAAGGGAACUUGAGGAGGAGGAGGAAAGAGCAUGGUGGGAGAAAGAAGAGAGGAGAAAAAAGGAAGGGAGGAGUAAGUAUAAACCUGAGUGUGAAGGAGAUAGACAGCAGGAAAGAGAGAAGAGGGACAGAAAUCGAUUUCUUUGGUGUAAAGGAUUGAAUCUUGCUUCUAUAGUAAUGAUUUUGACUAAGAAUACCUACUUUAUGGCAGCAGGGGCUGUGCUUGGUUUUUUUGUCGAAGACUGUGAACUCAUAAAACACAUUUAGUUAAAGGAGUGGGACAUAUGACAGUAUGACCCAAUAUAUCCCACAUAUGAAUGGAUGAACACAACAGUAAAUAAAUUGAUUAAUCGGGACACUGGCAGAAGACAAAAUCUGAUCUACAAAAAAUAAAAACAUUAAAUCCAACCCUUGGACGUAUACUUUUAAUCUCUCUUAAGGCUUUGCGCAUGUUUUUUCCUUCAUGAUAGUAUUUUUUAUUUAUUUUGUGCAUAUCAACAGUUUAUGUUUUUCUGCUUAGAUGUAUUUACCUAACAGUAAAACGUGUUUACCAGCAUAGUGACAAGUCUGUCACAUCUCUAAUGUAAGUGUUACACUUCCUGAAUAAUGUAUUUACUUUACUUUUUUAAUCUGACCACUCUAUUUGUAAUUUUUUUGCUAUUGCCUCUAUGAGUAAGUGAGAAAGAAAUUUUGCAUGUGUUAAUGGGAUGUCAAAAGUUGAACAGGGAUUAAAUGAUAUCUGCAUGAACUGACUUCCAUAAACUGGGAAAGUUUCUGUUUGGUAAUAAUUUCUCAAAUCUCAAAAAUAACAAGAAAAACUGUAACUGUGAACAUUGGAAUGGAAAACUGUUGCCUUAAAGGACUGUAAUUAGGUGCAAAUUGAAAAAAAUAAUGGUGUUUAAUAGUGAGAAACGAAUGUAUGUAACUACUCUAUAUAACUACUUCAGUUCUGCAUUUAAGGUUCUUCGGAUUCAGGAAAAAAACGCGACUUGGGGUAAUCAAGUGGUUUUAUUUUAACCUUCUAUUCAAAAGGGUUUGCUAAGAAUAUGAUUUAAAAAUGUGUCAGGAUGAAAGGUUCUUCGUUUUAAAUGUUUUUAAAUGGAGGUCAUAGGGUUACAUUGAAAGUGGAUUGAGAGGACGGUUCCCAUGUUUUAAAGAUUUGGAAUGAUUUGUAUCAGUUUUGCUGUAUUUUAUUAAUUUCAAACCCUUUCUAUUUUAAUAAAAUGCUUAUUUGAA